GCUUUGGCUGCUAUUCCUGCAGGAAAAAGCAGACAGAUGAGAAGGUAUCUUCAGGUGUGAGCCAUCCCUGGUGCAGCAGCAUCAUCCAUCUGAUCCUCUCACUCUCCCUUUCGGUGUUUCUGCUCAGCAUCCAUAUUUGCAUCCCAGGGAGUGGCAUCCACUAAUCCCUGUUUUCCUGGAACAGAGAGCUCAAAGUUGCCGGAUAUUGCUUUAAUUCCCACACAGAAAGAUAAAACAUGGAGAGCGACGGCCACCGCUCCCCCGUCUAGUGCCUCCACCCAGCAGCCUUCACCACCCCGGAGAGGAGCCUCCCUGGUUCUGCAGAAUGAACAUGCUCAAGUCCAGCGGUCUGAAGAUCCCUGGCCGGGGGCCCAAGCAUUCCAGCCCCGUGGGGAGGACGUCCAGCCCCGUCGUCCCUAAAGACAAUGCUCCGCUUAAACCCACCACCCCAACCAAGAUCUCCGAAGAGGGCGAUGAUGUUUUGGGGGAUUACACGGUGGGCGAGCAGGUCUGGGUCAACGGUGUCAAGCUCGGAGUAAUUGCCUACCUAGGGGAGACCCAGUUUGCCCCGGGACAGUGGGCAGGCGUGAUCCUGAAUGACCUAGUUGGCAAAAACGACGGGUCAGUGGGCGGCGUGCGCUACUUUGAGUGCCAGCCCCUCCAGGGCAUCUUCACGCGACCCUCCAAGCUCACCCGACAGCCGUUCGGCGAGGGAAGCGACAGCCUCUCCACCGAGUCGCUCUCUGCACUGAAUCAGUCUCAGCAGGGCGGCAACGGCGUCCCCCCCGGCCAGAGGGUGGUGGUGCCACUGAGGGAGGGCCUGCUCAACAGCGCGGUGAAAACGGGCAACGAGUCGGGGUCCAACAUGUCCGACAGCGGUUCGGUUAAGAAAGGCGGAGAUAAGGAUCUUCGAGUUGGAGAUCGAGUUCUGGUGGGAGGCUCGAAGAUGGGAGUCAUCCGCUACAUGGGAGAGACAGACUUCGCUAAGGGUGAAUGGUGUGGGGUCGAGCUGGAUGAGCCUCUGGGGAAGAACGAUGGUGCUGUGGCUGGAACAAGAUACUUUCAGUGUCUUCACAAGUUCGGCCUGUUUGCUCCGAUCCACAAGGUGAUCCGCAUCGGCUUCCCCUCCACCAGCCCGGCCAAGGCCAAGAAGAGCAAGAGGAUGGCCAUGGGGGUCUCCUCUCUGGUCCACAGCCCCAGCAGCUCCUCCAUCAGCUCCGUCAGCUCCGUGGCCUCCUCCGUGGGCGGACGGCCGAGCAGAACCGGACUGCUGACGGAGACGUCGUCGCGCUACGCCCGUAAGAUCUCCGGCACCACGGCGCUGCAGGAGGCCCUGAAGGAGAAGCAGCAGCACAUCGAGCAGCUGCUGGCGGAGAGAGACCUGGAACGGGCCGAGAUGGCCAAAGCCACCAGCCACAUCUGUGAGGUGGAGAAGGACCUGAACGUCCUCAAGGUGCAGCACGUUCAGUACGUAGCGGAGAACGAGAACAACCUCCAGCAGGUCAGAACCAUGCUGGCCAGCACACAGAAAGAUAAACUGGAACUGGCCAAUCAGCUGGAAGAAGAGAAAAGGAAAGUGGAGGACCUCCAGUUCAGAGUAGAGGAGGAAUCCAUCACCAAAGGAGACCUGGAGGGAGGAUGCUCUCAAGGUGCAGUAUCCUCGAGGUUGGGUAAGAGAACCAAGCAAACCACCGUUGAAGAGCAAAGUCGCAUCAUGCAGCUGGAGGAGGAGCUCAGCCUCCGGAGAACCGAGAUGGAGAACCUCCAGGCCAAACUCAGCGGGUCUGACUCAAGCUCGCAGGAGGCCAACGACGGCGAGGCCAACCCCGGGUCCGAUGCCCAGCCGGAGACCCUGGUCCUCCGCGCCCAGCUGGUGACGGCGGGCCGCGAGCACAACAAGGAGAGCAGCGAGCUCAAGGACAAGUACGAGACGGAGUUGGCGGCGAGCCGGCAGGAGGUCGAGACGCUGAAGGCGGAGGUGGAGAAAAGGAGCCAGGACAUCAGGGAGAUGAAGCAGAAGGUCCAACAGGCCACCAAGGAGAACAUGGAGAUGAUGGACACCUGGAAGGUUAAAUUCGACUCUCUAACGACAGACCACCAGCGUUCCUUGGAGGACCUGAAGGCCUCGUUGAGCAGCGAUCACCCCACUCCGGCGGGCCCAGAGCAGGGCGCCCAGGAGCUGAGAGCCACUCUGGAGAGCCUGAAGACGGAGCACAUGCUGGAGGUGGAGAACCUCAAGGCCAAACACAAGAUCGAAGCCGCCAUCCUGAGCAAGGAACGAGAAGACUUCUGCACUCGCCUCCAGGAGGCCAAGGACCAGCUGGCCGAGGGCAACCAGGCCAAAAGCGGCAAAAAGUCCCUGGAGGAGGCGGCCGAUAAGCUGCAGAAGGCGGAGCAGAGGCUGGCGGAGAUGGAGAAGCUUCGGGCGGAGCAGGACGAAAGCACAGAGCAGCUGAGAGAGCGACUGGAGCUGUCGGAGAAGAAGAUGAGGGACUACCAGGCUCUGCAGAAGGCCCAGGCCGAGAGCCAAGAGGAGAUCCAGAGGCUGGAGGAGCAGCUGAGGGUGACGGCCAACCAGCUCCAGGCCAUCCAGGCCGACCGCUACACAUCCCAUGAUGCAAAUGUGAUAGAGGAUAAUGACAUUUCAGAUGAGAAGAUGAAGCUAAAACAGAACAUCGAGGAAACAAUGGAGAAGUUGCAGAAACGGGAGAAAGAGGUCUCCACCCUCACUUCACAGCUGGAAGCCCUGAAGAACCAGACGGGAGCACUGGAGGCCAAAGUUCGCUCCGGGGAAAAGAAAGCCGAAGCCCUGGCCAGGGAGAACACGCGCGUGGAGGCGGAGCUGGAGUCCAUGACCAGGAAGUCCCAUGAUGCAUCUGGGCAGCUGGUCAAUAUCAGCCAGGAGCUGCUGAAGAAAGAGAGGAGUCUGAAUGAACUGAGGGUGUUACUCCUGGAGACACAUCGCCAUUCCCGAGACAUGGAGAAAGACCUGAACCGUGAAGUGCACAAGGCCGAGUGGAAGGUGAAGGAGCAGAAACUUCAGGACGACAUCAAGACCCUGCGAGAAAAACUGCUUCUACUGGGUCGUGAGCGUUCCUCCCCGGACCACCGGCGGUACUCCAUGCUGGACCCCUCUGUUCUGGACUCGGAGGUGAGCCGCCUCCGCCAGCGGCUGCUCAGCACGGAGGAUGCCCUGAGGAACGCCAUGGAGCACAACCAGCAGGUGGACCAGCUGGUGCAGGCCAUGCGCAGGCAUCCAGAUAAAAGCCCGGUUCAUGGUGCAAAUUCAGCCAAUGGGAUUCAUCAUCAGGAGUCGGGAACUGCUCGAGAUGUUGGAACAACACUGAUAUGAGCAGAAGAGAUGAGACUGAUCUGGGAACAUGUGAACGUCCGUCUUUAAGAAAAGAUCUCGUCCAACGUUUCUCCUGAUCCUUCGACGGAUGCCUGAAGAUUUCAGUUUGCAGUUUAAUACCAAAACAACAAAUCUCUUAUCUCGAGUGAAUUUAUGUGUCACCUAUUAGCCAAUCACGAAGGCCGCUUAAAGUACUAUAACAUAUACAAGGACAUGGACAUGAAGAGAUAUUAUGGGUACAACUCCUGAGACUUUUGAUGCUUUACAGUAGUUAGACAAAUUUUCAAUCCGCAAGUUGCCGGGAACUCUGUGACAAUUCUUAAUUUUGAAUCGGACGGUGAAUCUGAAGGACAACGAUGUGAAGAACUGAAGAAACCAGGUCUUGGUCGCUUUGUUUGUUUUAUUUAUUACUUUUAAUUUGCUCCUCAGCUUUGUUUAAUCCUCUACGGGCGAGCCGUCUUGGCCAGUGAUACUCAAAGGAAAACUUCAACCGUUAUUUUAAAGGAGUUUUGGCUCAUUUGUCACUUUACUUCAUACCUGAUGAGAGCUUUGGUCUGUUCACACUCCUGCAUUCCUGUACAAUAUGAUGAGUAAUUGUGGGUUAAUGGAAGUAUUAAAAAGGCCCUUUAAAGUG